AUGGGACAAAGAAGUGGACGUCAAGAAGGAGGCAAGAAGCUAGAGGUAGCACUAAGCAAGACCAUGGAGGCAGAAGAAGUAGUACAAAAUAAUACAGAGAAAGAUGAAGAAGCAAAGGCCAAAGUAGAGAAGCUAUCAUCAGUCUUUGGUGUGGCAGACUUAAAAAAUGGAGCUGUUGGACUGUACAACAUUGGGCUGAGCUGUUGUCUGAACUCUCUGCUCCAGGUGUUCCUCAUGAAUACGUGCUUCACAGGGAUACUUCGAAGGAUCACAGUGCCACCAGAUGAUGAGCAGAAGAGGAGGAAUGUCCCAUACCAAAUGCUCCUGCUUUUGGAGAAGAUGCAGUGUGGCAAGCAGAACGCUGUUUACCCCAAAGCCUUAGCUUCCUGUCUUUCAAUACACAGAGUGAAAUUGUUUGUGCAGCAUGAUGCUGCCCAGCUCUUUCUGACUCUCUGGAACUUGAUAAAGAAGCAGAUGAAAAAGCCAGAGCUGGUUGAAGAGCUGAAUGAUUUGUACACUAUAUGUAUACAGGAACACCUGGCCUGUCAGAAAUGCUCUUCUGAAACAAAAAGGAAUAGCAGCAUGUUAACCCUCCCACUCUCAGUGCUGGAUUCCAAUUCGCACAUGCUGAAGUCUCUGGAGGACUGUCUGCAAUGCUUUUUCCAUCCAGAAGAGUUGACUGAUCAAAAUAUGUGUUUCUGUGAACAGUGUGGAAGGAAAACACCUUUUCUGCAGAGCAUGAAGCUAGUCCAUCUGCCUCAGAUUCUGACCAUGCACCUAAAGCGCUUCUGCUUUGAAAAAGCAGCCUACAUCCACAAGCUUAGUCACUAUCUGCCAUUCCCAGAAGACCUUGAUUUCAGUGCAGUCUUGACAGAAAACCAGUGCCAAGCAGAUGACAAGGAAAAGGCUGCCUGGAAGUAUGAGAUUUUUGCUGUGGUUGCUCACUCAGGAUCAACCAGUUUUGGACACUACUGUGCCUACAUCCGAAGUCUCACAGAAUGUAAAUGGUACUGUUUCAACGAUUCUCACGUUUGCCAGGUAUCAUGGGAUGAUGUUAAAUGCACCUAUGGGCAUUCCAAACUCCACUGGGGAGAAACAGCCUAUCUCUUGAUUUACAUGAAGAAACGUCCUCAGUAG